GGAGAAGCCAGAGGAGGAGGAGCCGGGGGGGGGAGCCAAGCCGAGGCCGCCGGGAGGGAAGCGCAGUAGCGCGCCCAGCCCGGGAGAACUUCGGCUCCGGCGGGAAGGACUUUCGCCCCUCCGGACACCUGAGAUGGCAGACGGAUGAGCAGCCUGUCUCCUGCUGGUCGCCCCCCGCAACGAGGCUGGGCAGCGCAAAGGAAUUAUAAGAACAGGGGAUUGAAAGGUUCCUGAAAGGGAGGGGGCCCCCUCCCCACCCCUAAAAGGGAUGGGCAGGCAGAGCAAACCUUAACGCAACAAGGAGGCUUGAGACACAUCCAGAGAGGCGAUGGGAGCAGCGGGCCAAAGCCGGAUUGAGAGGUUUUGCUUGGCCGGCUUCUCGCUGACGUUUUCCCUGGUGGCGCUGAGCCUGGCCUCCGAGAAGGUUGCCCCAAGGACACCUCGGCAGAGUUCUGGGGAAGAGGCGGCGGGAAGCAGAGCGCCCGGCGUUUGGGGCAGCUGGGGAGUGUGGUCCGCUUGCUCGCAGCCCUGCGGCCUGGGGGUCCUGGAACGGACCCGGAGCUGCCAGUCUCCCUAUCAGCGGGACCCCUGGGCUGGGAGGGCGGAGGGGGUCCCACGGCCACCAGUCUCGCAGCAGCAGCAGCAGCAGCAGAGGCCCCGCUUCAGGGACCGGCCACCUCCCCCAUCCGGACACUGGCCAGCUCACCCUCUGCGCUCGGGCAGGAACUCUUGGUCAGCCUCGUCCGUCUACAGGGGAAACCCUCAUGGCUCAGUCAACCGCCAUGUCCGCCAGGAGGCCAGGGCAGCUGCGGAUGGAGCCCUGCCCCCCUCCCACUCUGAGCCUCCGAGGGACCCCAGCCCCUUCUUCCAGGCUACACGAUCUUGGGGAAGCCCCCUUGGCUACCAGGGGUUCCCCAGCCAGCCCCGGCCUCAAAGGCCACCUACCGCUGGGGGCUCCAGGACCCCUGCCCAGAAAGUAGUCCCAUUGUACAAGCCAGCGAGGCAGGGGGGCCGUGAGGGGGGCUCGAACCAGGAAGAGGACCCUCCCGGAAGCUGGCCUGAUGACAAUCCGCUCAGUUGGGCAGCGUCUCCGAGGCCGGACUCCUCCCAGGCGGCCUGGAGGUCCCGAGUUCGAGAGACCAUCAAGCCUGGCAAAUACGGCUAUGGCAGGGUGCCCUUUGCUUUGCCCCUCCACAAAGAGCCAGCCGAAGGGGGCACCCCCCGUUUUAAGCGGCACCCCGGAGAGAAGACCGGGGAGCCCCCAGCCUCCUCCACCCCCUCACCUCGCCUUCCUGCAGCCGAAAAGGAGCAGCCCAAAUCGGCCCCGCCCUCUGGCGAAACGCCUUGGACCCCGGGCAGGACUCAGGCUGGACCGGAAGGAACGGGGCUGAAGAGGGGGCAUUUUGGGGAAGGGGACUCAGCAGCCCCCAGCAGCCCUCCCCAGCAGGGUCCCCCCUCCGUCCCUGCAGAGGAGGAGCCCCGAGACAGCAUCCCGGGGGGGCUCCCAGGACCCCAAGAAGGCUCUGCCUCCGUCUCUCAUGCCGGUGGGAGCAGCGUGGCAAAGGAGGGGGCUUUGGCUCCCUCCCGGGGCUCCUCUUCUCAAAGGCCCCCUCCCCCUGGCAGCCCCCCUCCACAUGCUCAAGAGGACCUGCGCCAAGUCCCAAAGAACCCCAUCUCUGCUUCCCAAGACAAAGGGCCCGGAAGGGGGCCGAACCCACGGGCCACCCCAGGGCGUCCUCCCCGACAGCCCCCCAGACUCAGCCUGGACCCCCACCCGCCCCCCAGCCGGGCCCAUUCUCGGAACCAGAGGCAGCACCAGCCUCGGGGGGGCGGCCGUGGCCCCCAACCACAACACCUCUUUGUGGACCAGCCUGGGCUUCGUGGCCCCGCCGAGCCGGACAUCUGGCUGCUACACCAGGGUAGCCCUGUUCCCUUGAACCCGGGGGGGCAACGGCCCCAGGUGGAGCCCCCCCAGUGGAACCUGUACGCCCCCGGCACUGAGACCUUCCACUGCCAGGGGGAGAGCAGGCAGUUCAGAGCGUGCAGGCAAGAGCCGUGUCCUCCGGACCGCCCUGACCCCCGAGCUGUCCAGUGCGCUGCCUACAACAGCCAGGAGUUCAUGGGCCGCUUCUACCAGUGGGAGCCCUUCAUGGAAGUAUGGGGCUCCCAGCGCUGUGAGCUGAACUGCCGCCCUCUGGGUUACCGCUUUUACGUCCGCCACACGGAGAAAGUGCAGGACGGCACCCCCUGCGAGGCUUCGUCCCAGGACAUCUGCGUGGCCGGGCAGUGCCUCACCCCCGGCUGUGAUGGGAUCCUGGGUUCGAAUCGCACCCUGGACAAGUGUGGGGUGUGCGGUGGAGACCACACCACCUGCAAACUGGUGGCGGGCAACUACAGCGAGACCAGCGUCCCCAUCGGUUACCACCGCAUCUUGCAGAUCCCAGUGGGAGCCACCCAGAUCCAGGUCCGGGAAAUGGCCCGCAGUCCCAACUAUUUGGCCCUUCGUACCCAGAGUGGCAAGUCGAUCAUCAACGGAAACUGGGCGGUGAACCCUCCGGGGCGCUACGAGGCGGCGGGCACGGUCUUCAUCUACCGUGACCAGGAGGAGGGCGAGCUCCUGACGGCCGACGGACCUACCACCAAGGCCGUAGAACUGUAUAUGAUCUUCCAGCAAGACAACCCCGGGGUGUCGUACCAGUUCUUCCUGGCUCAGCCGGGGGACCCCCACCGCCCCCCUCGUCGGCCUCAGGAGGAGUUGGGCGCUUCAACCGUGGUGGAGCCUCUCGCAGGCCAGGCAGGUCGGCUGCCUUCGGCUCCCAGACGAAGACCGGUUUCCGCCCAGCAGCCCCCUCCCUCCAGCCCCUGGGGUAGCCCCCGUGACGUGCCUACCCCUCCUGCCUUGGCCAGCCAAUCCCGGAGGAGCCUGGAGACUCUGCAGCGCAGCGCCCGGGUCCCACCCCUGCCGCCUCCCCCACCCCCCGUCCGGCACCCCUCCGAAUCCGGCCAGGACUUUCACUGGAGGCGCUUCGGCAACACGGAGUGCUCCGCCUCCUGUGGGAAGGGGUUCUGGCAGUCCGUCUACCGCUGCGUCUCUCGCCUUUCCCAGGACGAAGUUGGGGAAGAAAAAUGCCACCUGCUCCCCAAACCGUUUGCCCAGGACGAGGUCUGCAACACAGAGCCCUGCCCAGCCUUCUGGGAUGCGGGCGAGUGGUCGGCCUGCAGCAGAUCCUGCGGGCUGGGAACCCAGCACCGCCAGGUCCUUUGCCGGCAGAUCUAUGCCAACCGCACCACCAUGGUGCACCCCCAGCGCUGCAGCCAGCUGGAGAAGCCGAGGGCCACCCAGGACUGCCAAGUGCACGUCUGCAGCCACUGGGAGAUCCAGACCAACUGGAGCUCGUGCUCCGUCCUUUGUGGCACAGGCCACCGGACCCGCCACGUGCGCUGUGUCAGUAACCACGGAGAGCUCUUGAGGGACAGUGACUGUCCAGACAACCCCCGGCCCCAGGCCAGUGAGGCUUGCAACAUGGGUCCUUGUGUGCGGAGCUGGUUUUACAGUGACUGGAGCAACACAUGCUCGGCUGACUGUGGCACCGGCAUCCAGCGCCGUUUGGUUGUCUGUCUCUCCAGCAACGCUGACGGACAGGCGGAUGAAGACUGUGCCAGUCCCAAACCAGCCGACAUGAGGGCUUGUGACGGUGGGCCGUGCCAGCGGGUGGCUCGCUGGUACAACGGCCCCUGGAGCUCGUGCUCGGUCGAGUGCGGCUACGGCACCCAGAGGCGCGACGUCAUCUGUGUGGGCAAACAGGGGACGCAGUUCAACGUGACGGGGGCCUCCGAGUGCGCCCACUUGGAGAAGCCGCCUUCUCUCCAGCCAUGUGUCGGGACGGACUGCGAGGCCCGUUGGUUUUCCACCUCCUGGAGCACAUGCUCCAGAUCCUGCAUGGGGGGCAUCCAGGCGAGAGAAGUCCAGUGUCUGACGCAGAAUAAGACCCUGAGCGCUCUCUGUCCCCUCCACAUCAAACCGGCCACCAGGCGCCCUUGCAGCAGCCAGCCCUGUAUUCCUUCACUUGCAGAUGUGACCUGCCGGGACAAGUAUCCCAACUGUGCAGUCAUUGUGCAAGCCCGUCUGUGUGUCUACUCAUACUACAAAGCUGCUUGUUGCGCCUCCUGCUCACAUGCUCUGGAGAGGCGCCAGGCGGACCCAAGCCGGUAGCAUCGGCAGACUCAGGCACAGGGUCUGCCUCCUGCCCCCUGCUCGAAUGGGAGAGAGGACGGAGAGGGGGGCUGGGAGGGGAGCACCAAGCCUGGGAAAGUGUUGCCCACCAGCAUUUGCAUCUCGUAAGGAAGCCACAAUCUUUUGCGGAGGCAGAACCACAAUCCCACAGAAGCAGCCAUGCACAGCCAAGCCUUUGCACCGGUUCCUCUCCAGCAGUGGGGAUGAGUGGGGCACGGACUAGCCCAUGGACCCUGGAGUUCUCCCUGGUUGUGGCGUAUGGAGCUUCAGAGGAUCUGGGGGCUUCGGGACCCUUCUCCAACCCUUCCUUCUCCCUAUAAAAGGUGUGCCGUCUUGCGCCCUGGUCCCUCACCCACAGGGGCACCCCACGAGGCCAACGCCAGGCGCCGAUUGGAUCAUUGCUACUGGUUUUAUCUCCUGGACACACCAAAGGCCUUUUUAACAAAGAUUCAGGAAAAAAAAGGAGAACAGGACUGAGGGUCUGUCCCGGGAACCGUUUCCUGAACUGUACGAAACUUAAUCUCUGGGAAGAAACAUCUGCAGCUCUCCGGAUGCAGAAACUCGGCAGGAGGUUCGCCACAGCCUCCCCUUCCCACAGCAGCGUAAAAAAGAUAGGGGGAAAAAAAAGAGGGUGGGUGGGUUUUGAAACGAUUCAGAGGGUCUUUUCAUGCUGCCUUGAAGAGGAGGGGAAGUGCUGUGCUUUCUUUUCUAAACCAGGGGUCUCCGAACUUGGCCACGUGAAGACUUGUGGACUUCAACUCCCAGAAUUCCCCAACCAGGAAUUCUGGGAGUUGAAGUCCACAAGUCUUCAAAUGGUCAAGUUUGGAGACCCCCGCUCUAAGCCAAAAAAGGACAUAAAUGGUAGUAUUUAUCAAAGGAAAAGUCAAGGUCACAAAGAGGGGCUAUGUUGUGUUACCUUUGCACCAUCCACAAUGGAUAUUCCUCCUUUUUAGAAAAGAAGCGGAAUGUUUUUCUCUGCAGCCUCACUGAGUCCAGUGGCUGAAGCCCUUUUUUCAGUCCAAUGUGCUGCAACGUAAAGAUGCAGCAGCUGGACCGAAAAUCUGCCCAUCCCACCCGGAAAAUGAGAGGCUAAAGGGAGGGGGGAAUCUUUGUACCUUCCUGGACCUAUAAAGCGGUUCCUCCCCCUCCCCAAUGGCUUUUAAAAUCUAAGUAGGAAGAUCAAAGUCCCCACAGAGUGUUCAGAUUUUAUAUAUAACAAAUAUAUCUAUAAAUAUAUAUUUUAUAUAGAGAGAAAUGUCUACGAUAAAACUGAAUGUAUGCCAAUUAGUUUUGUCCAUCUGCUUUGUCCCCCUUUUUUUGUCCAAAUCUAAUUUAUUUUUUAUUAAAGAUUAUUUGAUUUUGACCAA